AUGUACAAUGUGUUGUCGGGCAGUACGCGGGAUAGUGGCAGCGCUAACCUCAAACUGAAUCUAAUCAAACUAUACCACAUUAGGUUCUGCAGCAUUUUGACGAACGUAGAAGAACCGAUCGAUCUUAUUCCAGGAGCGUCUUUCAACGGCCUGGCACUGAUGCGAGUCAUAAUGUCAUCAUUGAACUCGAUCCAGUCGUCUCUGAAGCAAGUGAAAAACGACGUUAAGUUGAUUGCCUCGGUACUUCCCUAUUUUUUUAAACACGGGACAAAAAUUCAAGAAGUGAUUCUUAAGACUACUCUAAGGGCCGAAUCGUCCAUCGUUCCUACAAUAUUGUAG